UGAAAUUGUUGAGGAAUAAACAGACGUGGGAGAGUUUUCUGUCCUGUUUAUCGUUUAUACAUGCUGUUGUAUUAUUAGUUAAGUAAAAACAAAUCCGUCAAUCGACAAAAUGGAUGAUCAAGUCACUGACAGACAGAUGCAAUUUGCCCUGAUUUCUCAAAAACUUAAGAACAUUAAAAUACGAUUCCUGAAUGAAGAUAAUACUACUGGUGAAUUGAAUCUGACGAAAAGUUCUGCCUCCGAUCACACUGGAAAUGUAAAGCAGCUUUUAAGUUCCAACUCCCCUGAAACAUGCUUUGCAUUCUUGAUGAAGAUGGAAGAGAGAGGGAACCCUAAUACCGACUCAAAUUUACUUAGAAAGCUGAUUGACCUUUACAGUCAAGUGUGUGCUUCGCUGCCUAUUGAAGAUCAUUGUAAAAAUGAAAGCUAUGCAAGGAUAUGGGUCAGGUUUGCAGAGCUGAAAGCCAUUCAAGAGCCAGAUGCUGCCUGUGAUGACUUCUAUAUGGCUAGAGUGAACUGCAAGAUAUUUGCCUUUGUACAUAUUGCUCAUGCACAGUAUGAGUUGCUUCAAGGUAAUCUAAAGAAAAGUACUUCAAUUCUACAGAAGGCAUGGGAGAUGAAUGCUAAGCCCAUUGAACUUUUAGAGACGGCGAUGAACAAUUUAAGAACUGGAAAAACGCAGCUGCUUUCACCCGAGGAUAAAGAAAAUAUGAUUGUGCCAACAUAUAGCACGCAAGAUUCCAAGAGCAGCAAAAACCAUGAUGGAACUGGAGACAUACAGAGUACUUCAGCCAUUUCACAAGGAAUCGAUCAAAAGAGCAGUUCCCCAGAAGAGAUUGAUGUUGGUUGGAAAGUAACACACAUUAAAAAUUCAAACACAAAGUUGGGACGAGUUCCCAUGCACUCACUUAUGACUCCUGAUACUAGUACUUGUCUAAAGAGAGGUGACCCUUCUGGCCUCAGUAGUAUGAAAAGACAAACCACUGGAACAAGAGCUAAUCGAAUAUUUGUGCCUUCAUUAUCAAAAUCAAGUCAAGUUAGCAUUACUGGAGAUGGGGACCCUUUUAGACUUUCAAGUCUGAAGCCUACUUCAAAUGCCAGCCCUGUAAACUCAGGUGACCAAGACAUGAGCACAGCUGAUUCAACUAUGACACUGUUGAACAAAACAGAUACCAGUGUUGCGGCCAAAAGAGAAGAAACUCGGUCGCAAGUCCCGGCUUCUUUAUCCUCAAGCCAAGUAAAUGAACAAGGUGUGUCAAACCAUAGUAAGAUUUCUUCAAGUGUGGGGCAGCCUUGCCCUAAACCAUCAUAUAUGGAAACUUUGUCAGAAUGGAAAAUACCUGCACGGAUAUGCAGAGAAAUCUCUCCUGAGAAUAAGCAGUCGCCUGCUGAACAACCUAUUCCACAGCAAAUCCGAGACAGAUUACCUGAAUCAAACAGAGGGAUUCCAGGUUUUGUAUAUGAGACGCCAAACAACAAAAUGUCCUGUGUUAACAGAAGUCCAGUGAUGAAGGCACAGAUUUCUACUCCAUAUAAUGUCCGUUCAGCUUAUCAACAACCUGGUCAAAAUGUGUCAUCCACACCAUACCAACCGUCCACUUCGUUUAACCAGGGUAGCUGUUUACAGCAGUUCCCGCAGGUACCUCCUCCUGUUCACUCCAAUGACUGCAUUGUGAUCAAAGGAAAAACCUACUAUGUAUUAAAACAAAUUGGCAGAGGAGGUUCAAGCAAGGUGUUCCAAGUUUUGGACCACAAGAAGCAGUUGUUUGCUGUUAAAUAUGUGGAUCUAGAGGAUGCAGACAACCAGACCAUUGAAAGUUACAAGAAUGAGAUUGAGCAUCUGAAUAGACUACAGCAACACAGUGAUCAGAUAAUAAAGCUUUAUGACUAUGAAAUGACUAACAGCUACAUAUACAUGUUAAUGGAGUGUGGAAAUCUUGACCUAAAUUCUUGGCUAAGAAGCAAAAAGACAGUGAAUCCAUUGGAGCGCAAGUUCUACUGGAAAAACAUGUUGGAAGCAGUUCAAACCAUACAUCGGCAUGGUAUUAUUCACAGUGACUUGAAACCUGCCAAUUUCGUAAUAGUGAAUGCCUCUCUAAAACUUAUUGACUUUGGAAUUGCCAACCAAAUCCAACCAGAUGUAACCAGCAUUGUGAAGGAUUCCCAGGUUGGCACACUUAACUACAUGCCUCCUGAAGCAAUUAAAGACGAUUCAUCCUUUGGAGGAAAACACAGGUCAAAGAUCAGUCCGAAAAGUGAUGUGUGGUCACUAGGCUGUAUUUUAUACUGUAUGACCUAUGGAAAAACUCCAUUCCAACACAUCACAAACCAGAUUACUAAACUGCAGGCCAUAAUCGAUCCGUCUUAUGAAAUUGAGUUUCCUGAUAUUCCAGAAAAAGACCUUCGGGAUGUAUUGAGGAGGUGUUUGGUUCGUAACCCUAAAGCGAGGGUUUCCAUCGAUGAACUCUUGGGGCAUUCCUACCUGCAGAUGCAGUUGCAAUCGGACCCGCAGUCAGAGCAACAGAUUACCUCCCAAGAACUGAUGCGCAUAUUUAACGAGUUGGCUUCUAUUAGUUCACCAAAUAGCAUCUCCAGAACAGCUAAUAACUUGGCAAAGAUGUGCAACAGUGGCAGAAAACUUGAUGUAUCUGAAUGCAUCAAACCUUAUAGUAAUCCUACAUGGAAGAUGUGAGGUGAAGCGCCUCAUUGGACUACUACUGUGUUAGUCAAGGACAACUCAUUAAUCAAGAAGUACACAAUUUUUUUUUUUCCUGUAAAUAUUCAUGAAUACCAUGUCUGACUCUAGAGGUCAGUUCACUUUGCUAUCCAUCCAGUAAAUGUUCAGAGAUGUAACUUAUGUCAUUUUUCUGUCAUUUUUUUACAAAAUCUUAAAACGUGUAAUGGUGGUUACAUGUUUACAAGUAGAGCAUUUUUACUUCAAAUACUGGGGAGGGAUAUUCAAAAGAUUGCAUACUGGAAUCUCAACAUGAGGACGUCUAACACAUUUCCAUGCAUGUGAAGAGCUGUUGAAGAGCUGAACAUCAUUCAAUGAAAAAUAAGGGGAGUGAUUUCCUUAAACAAGAUCUUUGCAGGGUGGAUCAACCUUAAAUAAUUGUGAUGUGCCACUGUACUUGUAUUUUACUGUAUCUUCCAAUUUGAAAAUUAGGUGUGGUAUGUUUCUACAAACCAGUAAAUGGGGAUUACCUUUUGUUUAGGUACUAUACUUGCUUGCAAAAUAUAUAAUUGUGGGUAAGAGUAAAACAAUGUUGCGUACACUACCUAAUUAUUGGGAUAUACAAGUAAAUCAUACAUUGUUAUUUCUUAUGGCCUUGCCAUGUGUAAGUUGUUGUGCUGGGUGGUCCAUUAUAAGUUUAAACUUGACGCUUGUUCUGCUGUAUAGAAUCCACUACUGAAGGUCUCUGUUGCUGUGGCUUUCAUACGCAGUAGGCAGUAAUAAAGGGAUCUCAGCAGAGAAAUGUUGG